AUGGACAACCCCGAAAUCACUCCUCCCAAAGAACCGCUUAUUCAGUGGACUGAGAGGGAUAUAUACAAGUCGGUCUCGACAUCACGCUACACCGUCGCUGAAAAAGAUCCGGGAGACCCGCGGGGCCAUCGUCUGGUGAGCAAGAUGGACGAAGAUUACUCGCCCGCGGGCGAUAUCUCGUCGCAGUUGCUUCUCUAUCGGCUCGUUGCUGUAUUUGGCAUGCCCCCAGCCAACGAUGAGCUUGAUGACUAUUACCAAGUUUGA